AUUAGCAUCCCAAGCCCAGUCCACUUUGUUUGUUAAGAAGCCCAUCAUCACUGGGUUGCUUUGCCUUUGUGUUGUAUCACAAACAAUUGGAUUGUAUCGGAGUCGCACUCGCACUCGCACUCGCACUCGCACUCAACUCUUUCCGGAAAACGUUGCCGGAGUUCGUAGUCGUCGGAAGGAAGGUAGCGAGAAGCUUUUAGAACAUCUGUCCAGAGAAGACAAAAGGGUUUAUGGCAGGCAAAGCUGUUGGUUCAGCGGCAAAGGCAAUAGCAGAAUACCAAUAUCCAUGGCGUGAGAAGUUAACAAAAUACAAGGAUGAAUUGGCCAAGGGAGUGUGGGGUUACUGGGAGCUAGGAGCAUGGAAGCCACUCAGCAUCAGUGCUCGGCAUAGGGCUAGACUCCGGAAAGAAGUCCUUCUUGCUGGGGAAGAUUGGACUUAUGAUCCUGAAAGGAAGGAGAUGAAGACCAGGCGAAAAGGACAUAAGGUUGAUAGGAUAGCAGCUGAGAAGAGGGAAAACACUGCCAGGUUGAUGGAGAAGAUGCCAGAUAUGUUGCUGGAAUACAAGAAGAAAAAAUGGCAGAAGAAGAUGAAGGAAGAAGACAAAGGAAAACUUUGAUUUUUGCUCCUUGGGUUGGAAAUUGUAAUUGCCUAUAAGGUACUAUGCCAAACUCCCUUUCAAAGGCCAAGUUCUUGUUCUUGCUUUUAACUUAGGGAUAUUGCAGCUACCAUGUUACUAUUACAUUGUUGGUACUUACAAGCUUGGGUUUACUGUCAAAUCAUUUGUUCUUAUAUACACCAUUUGAUCAACUGGUUGGCUUUAUUUAUUUGUGUGGAUGAGACUAAAAUGAAAGUGCUGAGAUCUAGAAGGAGCUGAGCACAAUAAUUAAAUGAGAAAUGCAAUUAACACAUUUUAACA